AGAUUUUGGUCCAUAGGUCUCUUAAGAGCCUCUUCAGUUGCUGAUUAUGCUCAGUGGCACUAUGAGUCCAGCCUGGUCAUUCAGUGCAUUGCUUCUCGGUUGUGUUUUUGGAUUUCCCAUCAGCUUCAACAGUACACAGAGUGAUACAAGAAGUGCAAAUCAAUCAUAUGAAAUGAACACAAAUGGAACCAACUCAACACCUUAUGCAAUAUUUGAUAUAGACCUAUCUUUUAACCGGAGUCUUGUGGAUCUGCCACGAAUGGAAUCAAUCAUCAGUGUGUUUGAUCAACCACGUGGUCCUGGAUGCAUGCUACCCACAUGUGCAUUAAGUAAUCUGGGGAAUUCUCUGACCACAGGAGAUGAAAUAGCUGGAAGCUUAACUUCAGAUCCCCAUGGAAUUGGAAAAAAAUGAAUUAAAAAGGCCUGUGUUUAAAAUAUGAACCUGUAGCAGGAUGUCAGAGAGAUAUUUAUAGGUCUGGCCUUCUUGAUGUCAGGCUCCUUGACUGAGCGAAGUUUAGCUAAUUUAGAGUUGUCAUGUUAAAGGAUAUGUAGAGAAGAGUUUCUGUUGUUUUAAAAUAGCAUAGGUCUAGGAGACUUUAUGUUCAUUAUUGAAAUACAUGUUUCCAAAACAAUAGCCUAACAAAAGACCAAUUAAAAAAAAGUUUGGGUCUAA